AGCAGCAAUUUUCUAUUUUGUACAUACGUUGUUUUGUAUUUACUGUAUAUGAUGACUUCAGUGGGCAGUGAACAUUUCCGGGGCACUCAGGACAAAACUCAGAUAUCAACCACACAGAUAACACAACAACAGAAACAAGUAGUACAGGCAACAGCUGAACAGAUUCACCUCCCUCAAAUGAUCUACGAUAAAAAUGAUGCAGACUUUGAAGACAAAAUAAAACCGCUUAUGGAAGUAACAGGAAAAAACCAGGCUAAGUCUAUAGUGGCCCUGCAUGAUUGCAAUAGUGAUGUGAACAGGGCGAUCAACAUCUUGCUGGAAGGGAAUUCAGACACGACUUCUUGGGAGACUGUAGGUGGUAAAAAGAAGAGUACUGGAAAAGAAAGCUCAGAAAACAAAGAGAAUAGAGAAAGGAGAAAUGAUAAAGAAACAAGUCAUUUACAUGUAAACAACAACCGGUGGGGAAGAGGUGGCAGUCAUGGCAGAGAUUUUAGAGGUGAAGAGAAUGGAGUUGACUGCAAUCCAGGGGACAGGCCUUCAGAUCGUGGCAAGUGUGGCAAUAUUAGAGGAUUUGGACACGGGAGAGAGAGAAGGAUAGGGCAUUUCUCAUCCCAAGGUAUGGGGACAUUUAACUCUGCAGACUACACAGAUUUUUCAGCCACUGAUAGCUUUGGGACAAAACCAGAAGUUUAGGAAGCUGGCCAGAAUGAUACAGAUGAUGGACCUGGAGGGGCAUGGAAGAACUCUAUGGAGGAGUGGACAACAGAAGACUGGAAUGAAGAUCUUUCUGAAACAAAGGUAUUCGCUGCUUCUUCUGUUCCAGCUGAAAAUCAUGUCACACCUGGACAAAGCAUUGACUUGGUAGCUUUGCUCCAGAAGCCUUCUACUUCUACCCAAGUCUCAGAAGUCAACUCAUUUGAAUCUCCUCAACAGCAGGGCUUUGGCCAAGCCCUGGUCUUCACAAAUUCUCAACACAACACUCAGAUGGCAUCAGGAACUAGCAACUUAAGUACUGUCAACUCUUAUUCUCCCCAGAGUCUGUCUUCAGUUCUUGGUUCUGGGUUGGGAGAGCUUGGGUCCUCAAAGAUGGCAAACCCCACUGGUUCCCAGCUCUUGGACCAAUUGAAAUCUCCAAGUUUGGUCCAGUUCAGGAUGCAGAGUUCACAACAAAACAGCAUGAGUCCUCCUACAACCACUUCAGCUUGGGAUUUUAAACCCCCAGUUCCCCAGUCCUCUAUAAUGAAUCAGUUUGACUUCAAAUCUCAACCUGAGCUAUCCCCAGUUCUGAGCCAGUUGAGGCAGUGACAGCAACACCAGACCCAGUCCAUCCCUGUUCCUGCUCCUGGGAUGGAGAAGUUCUCCUCCCAGGUAAAACUCCGAGAAAACUGUAGAGAUAAUGCCACAGCUGUGAACAAAAUCCUGCAGCUCCCCAGCAUGUCUGCCGAAAACCAGGGAACGUCUGCUCAACAAACCCAGCCAAAACAGAUCAAAGCCCCAAAUGGAGUGCCACCAUCUUCCAAGAUCCCUGCAUCUGCAGUGGAAAUGCCCAGAUCAGCAGAUGUUACAGGAUUAAAUGUUCGGUUUGGAGCUCUGGAAUUUGGAUCAGAACCUUCUCUCCCUGAAUUUGGAUCAUCAUUGAGCAAUGAAAAUAGUAAUCAGGCUCAAAUCAGCUUGUAUCCAAAACCUGUAAGUGAUCCUUUGAAUACCUCUUUGCCAAUAUCCAAUACAGUACAGGAGUUGACCUAUACAACCUCUAUCAUCAACUCUUCCAGUCUGCCCCACUCAUCUCAGAGUCCUGUCACAACAUCUUCCUCCUACGACCAGAAUUCUGUGCAUAGCAGGAUAGCAUAUCAAAGCUCCAUGUCUCCAUCAAAAACAACUUCUAUUGCUGUCACAAAUGGACAUGGUGGUGUUCGCACUCAGCAAACUCUAGACACUACUUCAUCUGCUACAGCACCGAAGAGAACAGAAACCUCUCCCUCUCUCCCGACUCUGGGCUCUCUGCCAAGCACAGCUUCCGGUACUACGCAUCUGCCUUCUGCAACCCCCCACACGGCCACACUGCCUUCCUUGCCCCAAGCCAGUGACUUGUCCAGUGGCUCCCUUGCUCAGCUAAGAAGUUCACUGUCCAGUCAUCAGAACAACCUUUCCUCUGCAUCAUCAGCACUGUCAUCAAGUACAUCACACACACACACACACACACACACACACACACACACACACACACACACACACACCAGUGCUGAGAAUGCAGCCCCACUUCAGCCCUCCACUGCCUUCUCGGCCUCUGCCACCAGCACCUUUUCAGUUGUCAGCAUGGCCAACAGCAUGAACACUACAAACAGCCUUGGUCUGAGCAUCACCAACGUCUCUAUGCCGAGUGCAACCACCAGGGCAGCUCCCUUAGUUUCUUCAGGCAAGGCUCCCCCCAACCUAGCCCAAGGUGUCCCACCCCUUCCACAUAACCAGUACAUUGUGGGUCCGGGAGGACUCCUGCCUGCCUACCCACAGACUUAUGGUUAUGAUGGUCUCCAGAUGCUCCAAUCCAGGCUCCUGAUGACUCCUUUUCAGGAUUGUUAUGGAAUUACAUUCCCUGUUCCUGAGACCCUCACCGGCAGAGAUGGGAGCCUUGCUAAUAACCCAUACUCAGGUGAUAUCACCAAGUUUGGCUGUGGAGAUUCUGCAUCUCCUGCUCCCACCACCACUCUGGCUCAGCCACAGCAGAACCAAUCUCAGACCCACCACACCGCUCAACAGCCUUUUCUCAACCCCACGCUGCCUCCUGGCUACAGCUACACCUGCCUCCCCUACUACACCAGUGUACCCAGUGCCUUCCAGUAUGGGUUGACCAUGUUUGUCCCUCCUGCUUCAGCUAAACAGCAUGGAGUGAAUCUGAACACCGCCACUGCCCCCUUUCAGCAGGCCAAUGCUUAUGGCUAGCACAGCUACGGAGCAGAUUAUGAUGACUUGACCCAGGGGACAGCAGCUAGGGAUUAUAGCAAAGGAGCCUACAGUGGUUCAUCACCAACACAAAACAAGUCUGCUGGUUCUGGACCUAGAAAAGGGGUGUCAGUGACCUCAAGUAAUACAGGUGUGCCUGACAUAGCUGGUUCCACGUACAAGACUCAGACAUUUGACAAACAGGGAUUCCAUGUGGGCACCCCACCACCAUUCAGCGUGCCCUCAGCCCUGGGCUCCACAAGCCCACUGACCCCUGGUGCCACCCUGGGUUAUUCCCUGGCCCUGUUCCUGCAUAUCCUGCCUGCCCACCGGCAGCCCCAUUCCCAGAUGCUAUAUCACCACCUCCAACAGGACGGGCAGGGUGGCUCUGGCCAGCGUAGCCAACCCAGCACCCUGCAGCCAAAGUCUCAGGCCACCAAACCCACCUAUGGCAGUUCUCCGUACUGGACAAAAUGAGCCCCCUGGGGGGGGAGGGGGAAGACACUGGACCUGAGAGGAAAACCAACACAGAGACCCAU